AUGCUGCUGCUAAAUGUUGACCAGCAGUGCUCUUUGGCUGGGAAAGACAACUCUGAAGGCCCCGAUGCUUACGAACAGGUAAAAUUCCUAUGUGUACGGGAUGCUCUCGUUGGUACCUAUGAUUUGUUGCAGCUUCGCACUGCAUUUCCCUACGUUCUGUGUCUUGGUGAGAUGAAGGGAAGGGAGGAAGCUGGGGUUUACAGCGGCGACAGCAUAUUUGGAGUUGAGCGUCUGGAAUUGUAA